UGUCGAAGAAAUGGAGAGUCCUAUUCUGGUACUCUAAAAAUAUCAAUAAGAAUUCGAAGCCAUACUGUUGAUCUCGGGGUAGUUGACGUUGCGGGAGGUACGGUUCCUGUUAUGGUCAUGUCCGAUUUGUGCAAUCUUUCCAAAUUGCCUCGAUCAGAGCUUUAUAAAGUUAAUGAAGAAGCCCGCGAAAUAGGGGGCUACUUUAUCCCUAUUGCCGUUUCAAGGACAACAUUUAAAAAACGAGGUUCCGGUUUUACCGAACAUUGUAUAAUCAUGCGUUGUGUUCGAGAAGAUGAAAACGGUGCACCUGUUAUGCUUCAUUGGGUCACGAAUGGUGAACCGGUGUUAGCUUUCACUGUUGAGAAUGAGCAGGUAUUCGUUCCAGUCUCUAUUCUGCUUCGGGCUCUUGUUGAUAAAACUGACUUUGAAGUAUACGAGGAUAUUAUUCGUGGUGGAAGAAAUUCUCUCUCUCUCGAAGAAUGUGCAUUACGAAUCGUGAGCCGAUAUAAGAAUGAGGACUACUUUAGUCAGGCUCGUACGCUAAGACACAUUGGUAGACACUUCCGAUUGAAGAUGCAUAUCUCCAAACGUCUUAGUGAUCUUGAAGCCGGUAAACACUUACUUACUGAAUAUGUUCUUAUUCACACUAAAAGCUUCUUCGAAAAGUAUCAUAUUCUCUGUUUCAUGAUUCGCAAGCUCCACACUUUUGCUUCGGGUGACUGUUGCAUUGAAAACAAUGAUAACUUGAUGUUCCAAGAGGUUCUUCUUCCUGGUACUCAAUAUUUACAGCUUUUGAGAGUAUGUUUUUCACCUUUGUUGCUAAAUCGUCUUAUCACAUUUCUGCAUUCAGCUCGUGAGCAGAUUAGCAUGAUGGCUAGGAGAGCAGCCAAACCUCCUGAAUAUGCCAACUUUCGCCAAUCCUUGAAUCGUACCUAUGCCGAGGUUACUAGCAGUAUGACAACUUUCAUAAUGACUGGUAACCUGCCGGGUACCUCAAAAGCCGUGUUAGGUCGUCUCUUGAAUGGCCAAUCUACGGGCCUUUCAGUUACCGUGGAUAACAUCAAUUUUCUGCGCUUUGCUGCUCAAUUUCGGGCAGUUCACCGUGGUUCUGUGUUCAUGGAAAUGAAAACUACAUCAGUGCGACGUCUUCAACCCGAAGCAUAUGGGUUUAUUUGCCCUGUCAAUACACCUGAUGGGUCGCCUUGUGGUCUUCUUAACCACUUGGCUACAAAUACUGAGGUUUGUCAUGUGGUUACAGAAACGCCAAGUGAUUCCAUUGUAGACGACCUUGCGAAAUGGCUUCGAGAGCACUAUGUUCGGCCAGUAGAGCUCCCUCAACAGUUGAUGGGCGAAGAAGAGUAUUGUAGAAUUUUCCCAGUCCUUCUGGAUGGCCGCCUAAUUGGUUGGUCACCCUCUGGAGCAUCCGCGAUGGAACUCGCUCACACUCUGCGUGCCGCCAAAUUAGAUGAGACUUGCACCAUAGUUCCCUCAAACCUCGAGAUAUGUUUGGCACCUCCCACCAACACAGCGAGUCAAUAUCCUGGUCUCUAUCUCUUUGUCGGGGCUUCACGUCUUCUACGACCGGUCUACAGUUACGUUCGUACCGGUGGGCACAACUGGGACAAUCCGGAGAUUGAAAUGAUUGGAACAUUUGAACAGCCAUACAUGGACAUCCCUGUUACUCAAUUGGAGCUCAUGGAGCGCUAUCCAAAAGACAGACUUCAUAGGGAAAUCGCGCAGGAGAAUAUAUUCAGUUUCAUUGCUUCUCUAACGCCAUUUUGUAAUUUCAAUCAGGUAUGA